AAACAUUGUUCGGGUUCAAAAUUGAUAUUGAGCUAUCAGUUUGUGAAAAAAAAAGAAGAAAAGUGGACCGACAUAGGCGGAGGUGAAAUUUUCAUGACACGCGCGGUAGAUAGAAGUAGCAUACAACAUUCGUCGACGCAAGCGCACGUGUGGCUAUAGUCCAAACAAUACUUUUGUCGUUAGCAGCAGCCGUUAUAAUAUUAGUAGAAUCCGUAUCGUCAUCUCUGCUGGAUACACGAUCAGCAGCUACUGUUAGUAGUAUAUGCAAAUAGUCAUUAACGGUUUCGUUUUAAAUUAUUUUCAAUCUUAGAAUAUUGUUUGGAAAUUCUGUGCCAACCUUCGUGUUACCAUAAAAUUAUAAAAUUUUAUUUCGGAUUAUUUUAAUCGGGACUUAAAAAACGAAAAGAAGAAUAAAAGUAACCAUAAAAUUUCUUUUAUAUUAUAACGACUAUAUUAUAUUGUCCAUUCCCUAAUCGAUAGAGGCGCGAACACCGAUUGCAGCGCUUGGUGUGGAACAAGUGGCAGUACGAUAUCGUCAUUGCUCAACGAUAGUCACUGUUCGUCAGGGUGCAUUUGCGUGGUGGUCUCAAGAUGUGCUGCUGUACAAUAGUGUAUAAUGCCUUGUCUUUUUGACCGAAUGAUACUCGUGCUUAAAACAGAGAGUAUGACGUGGCGCGGUCUAACCGAGCCAAGAGAAGAGGACAGACGUAGUUACGGAUGAAGCACAAGAAGGGUAACGAGGACGAGGAGGAGGAGGAAGAAGAAGAAGAAGACGACGAAGAAGAAGGCGGCGCCAAAGAAGAAGAAGACGCCAAUUACAAGGGAAAUAAGAGAAAAGCAAUCGACCUAGUAUCAAAGAAUCGAAAGAUCAAAUUACUGGCCGACGAGUUAACAUCACCGUCGGUUAGCCGGUACAUUUGAUGCUGAGCGGAAAGAGAUUCGAGGACGACUCAACGCUGGCGGACGGGGAACGUAAUGGAAGCGCCGUGGUCACGGGCCCGGUGCUAUCGUCGUCGUCGUCGUGCACGGUGCCCUACAUCGGCACCGACCAGGGUUUCGUGUUCGAGGGUGGCGGCACGACGACGUUGCAGCGGCCUGGUGCAGUGGGUGCAUCGGUUACCAGCUGCACCGGAAGCGGGACAGGAGGAAGUGGGAUCCUAGGAAGCGGCGGUAGCAUAGCCGGUCUGGGGGUUAGCAUGGGUGGAGGA